AUGUCUGGACGCGGCCGCGGAGGCAAGUUCAACAAGGCCAAGCGAGGAGGCGGCAAGCAUUUCUCGCGCGACCUCCAACCACUCGACAAAGAAGGCAACCCCCUUGGCAUGUGGCGUGAUCCCAAAGACAAGAUCGUGGAAGAAUCUUCCGAUGAGGAGUCCUCAGAAGAGUCCAGCGAAGACGAAGGACCAUCUACAUCUUCCGCAGCAGCCGGCCAAGAACUCACUCGCGAACAGCGCAAAGAGCAAGCUCGCCUAAAGAAACAAGCCGCCAUCGCGAAGAAGAACAAGAAAGUCGCUGAAGUAGGCGACCUCCCCACCGACUCCGAGGAGGAGUUCGAGGACGAGUCGGAAGAUGACGACAUGCCCGCCAACCCCAACCACACCGCCAAAGCCCGCAAGCAAGCCUCCGCGCUCAAGAACCUCUCCCGUCGCGAGCGCGAAGCCAUCCAACAACAGCAGGCCAAAGAGCGCUACCAAAAGUUGCAUGCUGAGGGAAAGACGGACGAGGCGCGUGCGGAUCUGGCGCGACUGAAGCUGAUCAAGGAGCAGCGAGAGCAAGCAGCUGCGAGGAAAGCGGCGGAGCAGGAGGAGAAGGACGCGCAGGCGGCGGAGAAUAAGGAGCGGAUUGAGCGGGAGGCGCGCAAACGGGAGGCGGCGAUGGGAGGGGCGGCGGCGGGGAAGAAGGUUGGGAAGGGGAAAAAAUGA